AUGUCGGAAGAACAGCAAACUGGCGAUGGCGCCAUGACGGUCAUUGGCGUUUCGUUUGGAAACGCAAACUCGUCGAUUUCUUUCACCGGUUCUGAUGGAAACGUCGAUAUCAUCGCAAACCAGGACGGAGACCGAAGCAUUCCGUCGACGCUGGCGUACGUGAAGGAAGACGAGUACCACGGCCUGCAAGCAAAGGCGCAGCUGAUCCGCAACUCGAAAAACACGGUGACCAACUUCCGCGACUACAUUGGCAAGCAGUUUUCCGAGAUCGACCCGACGUACUCACACAGAUCUGCGCACCCGGUUGAAAACGCAGGCAAGGUCGGCUACCAGCUCGAUGUGCUUCCUGAAGAAGGCGCCGAGCCCAAAUUUUUCUCCGUCGAGGAAGUUGCCCAGAUCCACCUGCGGAGACUGCGCGAGUCGGCCGAGGACUUUUUGGGAAAGCCAGUCACGGGCGCGGUGCUGACUGUCCCGACGGAUUUCACCCAGAAGCAGCGCGAGGAGCUCAAGCAGAUUGCGACCGAGGCCGGCAUUCCGGUCAUGCAGAUCGUGUCGGAGCCCGUUGCUGCGCUGCUUGCGUACGACUCGGUCACUUACGGCGCGUUUCCCAAGGACCGCAUCGUUGUGGUUGCCGACUUUGGAUACACGCGCUCGGACGCGGCCGUGAUUGCGGUGCGCGGAGGGAUGUACACUGUGCUUGCGACCGCGCACAACUACGAGCUCGGUGGCGCGAGCCUCGACGAGACGCUCGCGGACCAUUUCGCCAAGGAGUUUGAGAAGAAGAACGGGAUCGACCCGCGCAAGGAGUCUGCGCGGUCGAUCGCCAAGUUGAUUGCCGAGUGCGAGGUGACGCGCAAGACGCUGAGCAACAGCAACUCGUCGACGAUCUCGAUCGAGUCGCUUGCCGGCGGCUUCGACUUCCACUCGACGAUCAACCGGCUCCGGUUCGAGAUGCUUGCGCGGAAGCAGUUUGAUAACGCGGUGUCGCUGGUCGAGGACGUGGUGAAGAAGGCGGGUCUGGACGUGCUGGACGUGGACGAGGUCGUGCUCGUCGGCGGCAGCGCGCAGACGCCCAAGAUCCUCAGCCGGAUCGAGGCCAUCUUUCCCGAGACCACCAAGGUCGCGUCGCCGUCGGGCAAGGCGCUGAACCCAGCCGAGCUGAUUGCGCGCGGCGCGGCAGUGCAGGCGUCGUUGAUUGCGGGCUUUGAGCAGAGCGACAUCGACGAGAGCCUGCAGCCGCUUGUUGCGAACGCGCCGCACCUGGCCAAGUCGGUCGGCGUGGUGACUGCGGACGGGUCGUUUGUGCCGGUGCUGGAGAGCUAUACUGCGGUGCCGAUCCGACACUCUGCGGUGUUUGAGGUGCCUGCUGAGGGCGGGGACGUUCUUGUGGGUAUCUACGAGGGCGAGCGGGAGAUUGUGACGCGCAAGGUCGAGAGCAUAAAGGAGGAUAAGGAUGAGGAGGAUGACCUUGAUGAUGAGGAGGAGUUCUCGGACGAAGAGGACGAGGAGACGCGGGAGAAGGUGCUGAAGCCGGCGACGAAGCUGGCGGAGGCGGUGGUGAAGGGGACGAAGGCGGGCGGGAAGGUCGAGGUUGUGAUCAAUAUCACGGCCGAUCUGAAGGUGAGCGUGGCAGUGCGCGAGGUGGGGAGUGGGGCUGUGCGCGGCGAGUUGCCAGCUGCGGAGGUGCAAAAGUAG